AGUGAGACCACCGGAAGACAGGUUCUCGCUUGUUUACCGUGGAUACGUCACGGCAUUCGCUAAAAUGAAUUUGGAUUAGGUCUAUAAAACAUCGUCUCUAAAAGCCAUGCUGUACAAGAGUGACCCAGCACCCUCUGGCCCCUACCCAGGCUUUGACCAGACAGGAAACUACUACACACCUCGUAAAGCACCUCGCGUGAGACCAGAGGCUGAAGAAUUCGCCAGCAAAAGCAAGGGAUCUCUGGAACUGUUUGGGAGUGGCACCCCGAGGCCGAUUCCUCCAACUCCAAGAUGUGAGACUCGAUGUCAGACAGAAGAAGGAAAGAGGAAUUUCCAGCUUGGAAAGAACGGCACCGUUUCCGGACUUUUGAAUGGCUCUGCAACACCGCGUCCCGAGCCUGCUCCGGGCCCCCGAGUAAAACCAGAAGCAGAGGAGAUAGCUGACCAUCACAAAGGAAAGUCUACAAGUCAGUUGUUCAAUAGCUACGGUAGACUUCCAACCUCGGCUCGCAGAGAGCCAAGGGUCAAACCGGAAGCAUCCGAAACCGCUGAGAAGAGUUCGGGGGGAUAUAUGCGUAAUCUGAUGCAUGACCCCACACAAAUCCCAUCGUCGGCUAGAAAAGAACCAAGAGUAAAACCAGAGGCGUCGGUAACAGCUAGCAUGGAGGGUAAGGAGAUGAUGAAGAACUUGCGAGGAUUCGGAACUCCUCUGUCCAGUCGCGCAGUACCACGUGUUAAACCGGAGGCGGAAGAAAUUGCAGAACAGCAUAAAGGUGGACGUAUGGACUCUUUACUGCACAAGUAUGGCAAUAAUCCCAGAGAUGUGCCUAACGCUCCAAGAGUAAAACCGGAAGGGGAAGAAAUGGCAAAUCUGGACAAAGGAGGGCGCAUGUCCAGACUGAUGCACGAAGGCAGCAAGGCCCGACGAUCUCCACGCCCGCCGCCCCGGGCGACGACCAAAGAGGCAAAAAAUAUAAUGAAAAAGAGUAGAGGAACCAUGCAAGCUGUAUUGUCCUCUACCGGGGGACUGAUGAUCGUUCCAACUGCGGGGAGAUAGUUAUAAAAAAAAAUGCUCACAGAAAUUUUAGGACGUUUGUUUUGUCGGUUUGGAACCUUUGUUGUAGCUCACAUUGUUAGAUCUGCUUUACCUUUAUUUUUUUUUUACUGACAUUUUUGGCGCUUAAUAUAUACUCGGAUUAUAUGAACAAGUUACUUGUUAGUGAGAUUUAUUUUUAAAUAAUUGACAGUUUACUUCCUAAUUCUAAUGUGUUUUGUGAUUUUAUGUCGUGUUUUUUGUAAUGCAUUUCAAUUUGUUAUCCAUUUUCGCAAAACUUUAGUGAAUCAACGAUAUUUUUUUUCAUCGACAACAAAACAUGGUCUAUAUCUCAUUGCUCAUGGACUGUACCGGUCUAAAUUAGAAGGGUAAAAAGGUUAUUUUUAGACACGUAGACUAGUCAUAAUUUUCUUUUCCAGGAAUCCUCCAUGAACAGUUGUUUUAAUAAGCAAUAUCAUAUUGUAUAGCAAUGUUAACUUUUCGUGUUGUGCAAUUCUGUUUUAUAAAUAAUUUUAAUGUUUUAGUGUUGUUUAUAACUAUAUGUGCUUUCUGUCCUGAAAUGGACGAUUAAAUUAAAGGUGCAAUCAUUAAUAUACAGUUAAACAUGGCUAUAAUGGCGGAGCUAUCAUCAUUCCUGAAUUUCUUUAAAAUUGGUCUCAUAAGAUCCUGUCGGUAUUUUUUUUUAUUUUGCCGCUUCGUUCCUGCAGUGUUUUACUAAUAUUUAUUUUGUACUUAAAGAUAAAUUUAUGCAAGCAGCGAACAAGUCUCUGUUUUUACGGUCAUUAUUUUAUAUCGCUAACUAAGGAAUAUGCAAUCAAGAUAUUUUUAUAUACUUUUAUUUUUUGCAUAAAAAAUGAUUUCAUGGUUAUACUGACUAGAAUUUUUUUGUAAACCAUCUUUAUACAGUUAUUGUAUAAAUUGUUAUGUGUAGACGUUAUCGUUAAAAUAUUGAAAACAUGUCCUUAAAUUAUUUACGGCUGUUAGUCCAAGAAAUGUAAAUAAACUAUGGUUGUAAAAUUGUACAAGUGUUCAGUUUUUGUACAA